AGGCCAAAAACUCAGGCAUCCAGCAUUGAAUCUGUUCUGGUUUCAGCUCUACCAGAGGUUGCUCAAGUGCACAUUAGAGAACAAACAACUAGUGAUACAAUCUACAAGACAUCAAAUGUGACUGUUGAUGGCACAGACUAUGUCUGUGGAAUGUUUCUGUCUGUAGGAGUCAGCGGUGGACUGUCAACAUUUUGCAAAAUAGAACAGAUCUUCCUUGUAAAUCACAAUGUAUCUUUUCUCUGUUGUGAUUAUGACUCCUGGUAUGUAGAACAUCUACGGUCCUAUGAGCUGACAACUGCAAACACAAGCCUGUCGAUCCACCUGCAGUCUGGUCUGAAUGAUACAGUCCCUCUUCCAGCAUACAAGAUAGGCGGCUCGCUACUGCUAACCCUGAAGCGGUUCAUUCAAGUGAGACAGAACUAAGCACAAUGGCAGCUGCAUCCCCUGAACCAAUGAUUCUACGUGUUGUUCAGCCAGACCAGGCUAGAAAAUUUAAACUCAGCUCACGACCAGCCUCUGUUGAUGCACUGAUCAAUAUUCUAAAAGAACAGCUGGACAUUGACCUUGACUUUGAUUUACUUUAUGAAGAUCCAGACUUCGAUGGAAAACUUACAUCCCUGAACGACAUUGAGGAAUUGCCACAAAAAGCAGUUGUGCACAUUUCACUUUCACAAGACUCCAGCUCCAGCUCUCUGCUUUCAGAUGUGUCCUCUCCAGAGUGUCUCAGCAGGUGGCCUACGGGACCUUUUCCAGUUCCCACCUUUGAUUUUGAUGUUGAGGUGGAACUUAGAGAUGGGAAUGCGGAAUAUGAGAAGAACCACACACCCCUUAAAGUGACAAGAGACCUAAAGCAUGACAUUUUAGAAAAGCUUGCAUCUACUAUAUAUGGUUUUAAGGCUUACCCAAGUGAUGAAGACAUUGCAAUGGCUGCUGAGGCUCUUGUAGCCAAACAUCCCUGCCUGAAGGAAGCAGGAUCUGAGACUGGCUGGAAUGGAUGGAAAUGCAACCUCAAGUUCAAAAUGGGCAAUUACAGGAUCAAGAUGAGGCGUGCUGGCUGUCAGGAGGUCCUGCACAGACGAGUCUGAUAAACCAGUGGGCCUCCUUGCGGUCAUCAGUGACCAUGACGCAGUCUAAAGUCCAGUUCACUACCAACCUGUGAGAGUCUCUGUCGUCAUUGAAAGUGAUGCCGGUGUCAGCCUCCCCAGACUUGGCGACGCCUUCCUGGUAAUCUUUGGACUGAUCUAUGCACUACACCUCAGCUAUCCCAAAGCACUGACCAACACUUUGAAUUUAUUCAAAAGAUUUCACUUUUUUUUUAAAGAAGGCUGCAGGGUUACCAGACUAGUUCAGUUUUUCUUUUGUCUGCUUACUGUAAUG